CGUUCAUCCAAGCCCACUGCCAACCAACGCGACUUGAUUACUGAGAAUCCUAAGCCCAAUUCGAAUAGCCCGCCGCUAUCUCUACUGGGAUUCUUCAACUACGCCGCCGGUAGACAGCCGGACCCGCCAUGGCCGCUCCUUCAACCGGAGGUCAUACCUGUGCUAUUUGCGGGAAGCAGUAUCAAAGAAGUGCUCAUCUACGCCGGCACGAAUCCACACACGUAGAAUCCGCCAGGUACAAGUGCCUGUACUGCGAAAAGGCGUUCGCCAGACGAGAUGUGUGCCGUAAGCACACGAUUCACUGCCCCAAGAAACAAGACCAAGAAACCGUUCCAAAUCUCAAGCGCGGCCAGAAACCCCGCGCAUGCGACGCCUGCUUUCACAGCAAGCAGUCAUGCGAUACUUCUGAUCCCUGCGUGCGAUGCGUCUCUCGCAAGCUCCCAUGCACAUAUCACCGGUUGGAAGAGAGCACAUCCGUAAUCACAGAUGCAUCCUCAUCCACACCAUCCUCAUCAUUGGCCACCACCGCGGUAGGCACACCCGAUAAUGACAAGGAUCGCACCAAAAUCACAGUCGCUUUCCUUCUCGGUCUGACAAAUCCCAACUCGGAGAACAUACUCGAGUUCCUCGCCAGUGAAGCAGCUGCGAGAACCGAGGGCGAUGGAAUCGAUCCAACAAUGAAGGACAUGCAUGUGCCCACGCAAUAUCCUCCAAACAUGCUGAUCGAUGAUGACUUCACGUUCCUUCCUUAUGGGUUUGCAUCAACGUUCGCUCCCGAGCUGAUAGACUUCAACUCCUUGGACGUCUUGUCAGAAAACAUACUGUCCAACACUAGGAUGUCGUUUCUUGUGCCUGAAAGCCUAGAACCGCGAUCAGCCGAAAUAAUCUCGGGGUUGCAAGAACUUCAUCACACUCUGGUUGCCACAAAUCAAUGGUAUGACGGCACCUUUGAUCUUGACACGGCAAACUCGGUGUUCUCGGCAGGCAAUCUGUGCCAAUUUGCUGCGACCUACUUUCGAGUCAGCCAUCUUGACUUUCCUAUCGUUCAUCGGCCAGACUUUGGCAGUGACUACACAACCAAACAGCUGCUCUUGGCCGUUGGACUCUCUGGGUCUCUGAGAUCCCCCCCAAGCGACGAUGCCCUCGCAGCCCGUGGAUAUCUCACACUUGCCGAGGAAUACAUAUUUCGUUGCCUUGAGCGUCUGAUGCCCCCGGGCUCAGCGCCAGAGUUCACCCAUGAGCUUGAAGAGACACUACAGGCAGCCCUCAUGAUCCACUCCGUUCAGUUCUUCCGAAACGACGUAGCAUCGCGGCGGAAGAACAGAACCCAGCGACUCCCGCAGCUUGUAUCGGCCGUACGGGUCCUCGGUCUAGCACAGACCAAACAUGCUCCCAUAUUCCAAUAUGAAGAAUUUGUGCGCAAUGAGUCAAAAAUCAGACUAGCCAUUUGGACGGCGCUAGGAGACUGGCAGCAAUGCGGCAUGUUCAAUACGCCGCCAUCGAUGACGCCUGCAGAGUUGACUUGUGAUCUGCCGAGCCCCUUGGAACUUUGGGAUGCCAAAGACGCGGCGGAGUACUAUGAAGCGGCCAACGCUCUCGGGGCCGAUGGUUCUAGGCGGAUUUGUUCCGUCAAACAAUGCACCGACGCGCUGAUGGCUGAGAAUUGGGUCGGCAUGGGGAGCUUCCCGUUCCAAGAUAUCAGCGGAUCCGACCUACAAUUGUUAAUUUUCGCACUCAACGGCAUGUUGGCAUCGGCCAAUCUCAUGGGCGUACUACCUGCGUGCGCACCAGCCCUACUGCGUGCCGUUUCCAGGUGGGAAGUCAUGUGGGACACGAUCAGGGGUCGCAUGGAGCCCGCCGCAUUCGAAAAAGCAGGCAUGAUCCGGUACAAUAGCGAGCUAUGCUGGAUAGCAAGAAAGCUCGUUCAUGUCUCCAUCUCAGGAGACAGGAGUUCUGCGUACAUGCAGAAAGUUGGACACGAUUCCCUUGUGCAGCUGCAUGAGUUUGUGCGUCAGUAUCGCGAUAGCUGAACAAUGUCUACGAUGGCUACCAGCGCGAGUGGGCCAAGCAUCCAUACAACGGAAAGUACGAGCACGGAUAUUGCUGUCUUUCACAACUCCCCUUCAACCACACAUGUACUUCAAGAUGAUUAAUGAGGAACUCGGAACUUUGGAAGCGAAAAGUCAAAUGUUUGUAUAGUGUAGCCGUGUUUGUAAUUCAACGCUGAUUGUGGGCUUUUCCAAGGCUAGAGAACACGCAUUCGAUCGAUUCGAUAUAUCAAACAGGACGGUGUCAGGCAAGCUUAACACUGAUCUCUACCGCCUUUUUCUCCACUAGUAAAGUACAUCCAAACAUUCUCGCCAAAAGUCAAUAUUCAGAAAGCAAUGACCACCAAUCCGCACUCGGGUGACUCUUUCAACGUCCCUUGACGGCAGACACCAACAUGAUACCACCGACAGAGCCGCUCGCCACUUUUUGAGACUCCAUUCUUCACGCUAAUUUACAAGUGACGCUUGCGCGCACAGCCACCCUUUGAAGCAGCAGUCGUGGUGGUGGAAGCGGCAGCAGAAGUAGCAGAGGUAGCAGGGGGAACGCCAGAAGCAG